UUUCUGGCUCUGUAGAAACAGAGACAAAAGACUUGCUCCUUUCUGCAAGCACGUGCAUGAUCGGUGUUCUCAAUUUGACCAUGUCCACUUCUUCCUUUUAGUCAAUCCAAGAAAAGGAGAGGGGGUUUUAGAUAUGUCGUACAUACCAUUAAUAAAUAGCUAGCCAAAUCCUUUCCAUAGAAUACGGAUCUCCAGAUUUACGGUCUUGGUGUUGGGUGGGUUGACUUUUUUGUGUUUCCCUGAACACUCUCACACCCAACCUCGUGUUUAUGGGUGAGGAGGAGGGAAUGGUGACUCAUGUUGUCAAGAACACUGCAAAUGAUAAGAACAAUCCAAAACUAACUUUACUGCCUCUUAUUGCUCUGAUUUUCUAUGAGGUUUCUGGGGGACCUUUUGGUGUAGAAGAUUCAGUUAAAGCAGGCGGUGGCCCUUUGUUAUCCUUGCUUGGUUUCUUGAUUUUCCCUUUAUUUUGGAGCAUACCUGAAGCUCUAAUCACAGCUGAGUUAGCCACGAGUUUCCCUCAAAAUGGUGGUUAUGUCAUUUGGAUAUCAUCAGCUUUUGGACCUUUCUGGGGCUUCCAAGAAGGCUUUUGGAAAUGGUUCAGUGGUGUCAUGGAUAACGCUCUCUACCCGGUAUUGUUCCUCGAUUACUUGAAGCGUUCCAUGCCCAUCUUUAAUCACUUGAUUGCAAGAAUCCCAGCCCUGUUAGGAAUUACUGUCUCUUUAACAUACUUAAAUUACAGAGGCCUGCAUAUUGUUGGUUUUUCAACUGUUGUUCUUGCAAGUUUUUCGCUCUUACCCUUUCUGGUAAUGGGAAUUCUCUCGAUUCCUCGAAUCAGGCCGAGACGGUGGAUUGCUGUGGAUUUCAAAAAGGUCGAAUGGAGGGGGUACUUUAAUACCAUGUUUUGGAAUCUGAAUUACUGGGAUAAGGCAAGUACUCUAGCAGGGGAGGUCGAAGACCCUAGUAGAACAUUUCCAAAGGCGUUACUCGGGGCUGUACUUUUGGUGGUUUUGUCCUACAUAAUUCCACUUCUUGCCGGAACAGGAGCUUUAAAUACUAAUCCUAGUGAGUGGAGUGAUGGUUAUUUUGCAGAAGCUGGAAUGCUGAUUGGCAGCUUAUGGUUAAAAUGGUGGAUCCAGGCUGCAGCUGCAAUGUCUAAUAUGGGGUUGUUUGAAGCUGAGAUGAGUAGUGAUGCCUUCCAACUACUUGGGAUGAGCGAAAUGGGAAUGCUUCCCUCUAUAUUUGCUUCAAGAUCAAAAUAUGGGACGCCCACUAUCAGCAUCUUGUGCUCUGCAACGGGCGUGAUAUUUCUGUCAUGGAUGACUUUUCAAGAAAUCGUGGAGUUUCUUAACUUCCUCUAUUCAGUAGGAAUGCUUCUUGAGUUUGCAGCCUUCAUAAAAUUAAGGAUAAAGAAGCCAGAUCUUCACAGACCUUAUAAAGUCCCGUUUCAAACAGUUGGAGCAACCGUGCUUUGCCUGCCACCUGCUCUGUUGCUUCUUUUUGUCAUGAAUCUGGCUUCUAUAAAGACGUUUAUAGUAAGCGGCUCAGUCAUUAUUCUAGGACUCUUCUUUUAUCCUGCCAUAGUGCAUGCAAAGGAGAAAAAAUGGUGUCAUUUUAAUACAAGAGAACAGUUGAAUGAUCUUCAGGACCGAUCAGCAGCAGCUUUCGAACUUGAUCAGGUUGCUGCUGAUGAUGCGUCUCUUAGCCUACUCGGACACACUGAAAAAGUACAAGAUUCUAAAACCUUGUCACAAGAGAUCUCAACAGCUGAUUAGAAGAUACUUUCAUAUUUUGUGUACAUUUUAAACCAGAAGGGGGAGGGAGCAUUGUUGCAAGUAUGGUGGUAAUGGAUUCCAAGUCGUGGAAACAAUUUCUUGUAGAAAUGCAAGGUAAACCGGUGUAAAAUAGAUCCAAUGUGAUCCAACCCCUUCUGAAUCCCACACUUGGAUGCAUUAAUCUUUCUCUUUGCGCAGACCACGUUCUUGAUUUCCCAUUAGAUCCUAAUUUACCGAUUUAUUCUUGUGUA